UGACACCAUGAGCACGUGAGUAAUCCCAGGCUCACGUGACGUACACUUUUAGUCAUGGCCGACGACUACAGGCGACAGGGUUUCGAGUUGGAGAGAAGGAUAUUUGAGUUAGACAUCAAGUGUUCCAGUCUCAGAACUGAAAAGCAAGAUGAUGACUAUUUACAGAAUGCUUCUGCCAUACUAGAUAAGUUGAAAAGCUAUUACAGGCAAGGAGGGGAGAGUAGCAACCUUUCCAAGGUGCUUCAGGAUUACACACAGGUGAUCCUGGACAUCACAUUUUAUGAAGAGAAUAAACUGGUGGACCAGGAGUUCCCUGAGGACUGCUCACCUUUUAAAAUCCAGCAGCUGCUGCAAGACCUGACCGAGCCAGAAGUUUUGGCAGGGAGACUAGCACCAACACAAGAGGUGCAGUCUAUGUUGGGUCUUGAGCUGUUAGAAUGCCUCUAUUGGAGACGUGGAGCUCUGCUGUACAUGUACUGCCACACCCUUCAUCAACGAAAACAGUGGAUUAAGAAAAACAAGGACACAUUCCUUAAGUGUAUUCAGGAAGGGGUGCGCUACCUAAUGCGGAUGCUGCAGGUGAGAAACUCUGUGAAGCUCAACGAUGGGGUGGUGCUCCAUGACACUGCUACAGCAAGCUUCCUUUCUGAAGGCAUCUUCUCAGACACACACCUGUUGACGAUGAUGUACAUUGGGGAAAUGUGUUUCUGGGCGGUCAAGUACGAGGACUGCAGUGCUGACACAAUGGAUCGCAAAGAAGAUCGCCUUCAGUUUCGGGACAUUGGCACACAGAUCCUCAACAAAUACGUGCUUGCCUGUGAGGGCCCCCUGCAGGGCCAGGGCUGGAAUACAGAAAAUGCCAAGGAAAUCCUUAGUAUUUUACAGUGAGCCCAGCUGCCUCUGUAUUGAAGUUGCCCUCAGGCACCGAUCUAAGUUCAGUAUUCAAAUGUGUGUCAACCCCAAAUAAAAAUGCAAUUCAUCA